UUACACAAGCUCGACUUAAACAGUGUACCUGAAGCCUUAGUGUAUAUACAGCUGGAGAGUGGCUGCGUAAAAGUUAAACAUGAUUUUAUUUUAAGUUAUGACCAUACUGCUCUGUCAACAUGGCGGUACCGAUUGAGGCAUUGUUUGUCAAAAACAGGUUGCCCAGUGGCCCCAGUUUGUUGUUCAUCCUACUUUACACACCAUUGGGCAUUGUCAUCUUUUUGCUACGUCUGUUUGUGUCCUUACAGUUAUUUUUAGCUGCAUCUGUUCUUCCUUACAACACAGUUAUCAGGAGCGUGGUUUUGCGGGUGCUGUAUGUAACUUUGGGUUUAGUUGUACGAGAAGAGUCGGUGGAAAAGAGAAAUAAAUCGUGUUGCGUCAUCACGACUAAUCACAUUACUCCUUUUGAUCACCUCGCAGUAUCUAUUGUUCUGCCGUGUAUAACUCCUAGUGUGUAUGAUCUCCCAGCCGCACUGUCUAUGUUAUUAUGCUACCGUGACCUUGGGGUAACACAAGGACGAGAAAUACUUCGAACUAAUGCUCGAGCAUACCUCAGUGAUUCACGGAACCCUCCUCUUCUCUUGCAUCCUGAGGGGGCCACAACAAGUGGCACACUUGCUCUCAUGAAGUAUGGUUCAUGGGCGUUUGAACUGAGUGGAUCAGUUUUAGUGGCAGGAUUACGUGUUUGGCGAAUUCCACUCCUACAAAUAGCACCCUCCGUCCUUGGGGCAUCAUGGGCAGCCGAUUUGUGCUUCAUGCUCUUUUCUCCUGUCACAGUUUUCACAGUCAGUUAUAUUGGAGAAAUGAGGAGGGGUGAAAGUGAAACUCCUGAAGAGUAUGGUGCUCGUGUCCAAGCUUCUACUGCAGAAGCCCUUGGCAUUCAGGCCACAAAUCAUACUGUAGCUGACAAAGUAGAGUAUAUGAAAAGACUGGCACGAGAGGCUGCAGCCAGCAGUAAUCCUUUACUCAGCCCAGAAGUACACAUAAUGGCUCAACAGGUGCAAGAAGUACUUCCUCAUAUUUCACUGGACCAAAUUAAGCGUGAUAUAGUGCGUACACAAAAUGUGGACAUCACAAUUACCAACUUUUUGGAAGGAAAUAUUCCAGAGCCCAUCCCUGAGCCUCAGCCACUGAGUCCAAAUCCAGUUGCCACAACCAGUCAGUUGAGCCACUCCUCUUCUUCCUCCCCCUCAUCUUCCUCCAUCAGCAUCAGUAAGACCACCACACAACCCUCCACUUCACUGGGUGGUGCACCAAGUGUUUCAAAGGCCACAUUAGAAACUAGCAGCCUAACUGGAACUUUAAAACAGGCUGGCUCUCUGAGCACAGCAGCAGAAUGUUUUGGGAAGUCAGCUGCUGAAAGAAUGACUUCUUUCCAGGCAAGAAAAGAACAACUCAUACAAAAUGCGAGAAGAAAAUAUAUAGAAAAGCAUGGUUUACAGUUGCCUGAGAGUUGCUGAUGAACUUACCAGUACUUAAUUCAUUUUGGUUCUUUUGUUUCUUUUAUAACAAAGAGACUUGCAUUGUAUAGUGUCGUUGCAGAAAGACGAGCUGUACAAGCAUUUUACUUAAUCCAUUUAGGAUUUAUGAGAAACAAUUGUGUCGA